GAAGACCAUCAAGAAUGCCCAGAAAAAUCAAGAAAAUGGUUUCAAGCGUAAAGCCAAAAAUAUCAUCAUAUUUGUGGGUGAUGGUAUGGGUCUGACCACCAUUACGGCGGGACGUAUCUACAAGGGACAGUAUUUGAAGCAUGGCUAUGGUGAAGAAGAGAAAUUGGCAUUUGAUGAAUUUCCCUAUACCGGAUUGGCAAAGACCUACAAUGUCGACAAACAAGUACCCGAUUCCGCUGGUACAGCCACGGCCAUGUUCUGCGGUACCAAGACCGACUACGGUGCAAUCGGUAUGGACACCACCCGUUCUAAGACAAAUUCCAAACAAGGACGUCUUACCUCAAUUAUGGACUGGGCUCAAGCGGAAGGCAAACGUACCGGUAUUGUCACAACCACACGAAUUACACAUGCCACACCCGCUGCCACAUAUGCCCGCAUCUAUCAUCGUGAUUGGGAAUGUGAUACAAAAGUGCCAUUGGAAUCGCAAGGAAUUCAUACCGACAUUGCCAGGCAGCUAUUUGAAAAUGCACCCGGUAAUAAAUUCAAUGUUAUUAUGGGUGGUGGUCUCAAGCCAACGGGUGCUACAAAUGCCAAUGAAAAGAUAACCACACCCUGGGAAGGUGAUACUGAAAAUAUUUGUGCUCGUGGUGAUGGCUUGAAUUUACCCAAGAAAUGGUUGGAGAAUGGCAAGGCCAUGAAUGAGAAACGUGAAUUUGUUCAAACGAUUAAGGAUUUGGAUGAGGUGGAUUUGAAAGAAGUUGAUCGUUUGUUGGGUUUGUUCCGUAACAAUCAUAUCACCUAUGCCAUUGGCAAGGAAGAGGGAGAACCAUCUCUGAAAGAAAUGACAGAGGCUGCUAUUGAAGUUUUGCAGCGAGAAGAUUCAAAUGGUUUUGUUCUCAUGGUCGAAGGUGGUCGCAUUGAUCAAGGUCAUCAUCAAAAUUAUGCCCAUGCUGCCCUCCACGAGGUCUAUGAAUUUGAUCAGGCCAUUGAAGCUGCCUUGGAAAACACCAAUGCCAAUGAAACCCUCAUUCUAGUCACAGCUGAUCACUCGCAUUCCGUCACCCUGAACGGCUAUCCUAAACGUGGCAAUGACAUUUUAGGUUUUGCCAACAAAAAGGCAGAUCCCAUGGUCUAUGAAACCAUUAUGUAUGCCAAUGGUCCCGGUUUCUAUGAUCAUAUCGCAAAUGAUACAGUGGCGGUGUCACAAAAUCCUCUUCAUUUCUGGAAAAAUUUAACCACCCUUACGGUGGAACAACGUCAGUCACCAACUUAUCGCCAUAUGGCUACAGUGCCACUUAAAGAUGAAUCUCAUGGUGGUGAAGAUGUUAUUGUCUUUGCCAAUGGCCCCGGGGCAAGUUUGGUCCGUGGUGUUUUUGAGCAAAACUAUUUGGCCUAUAUUAUGAGCUAUGCCGGUUGUAUGGGACCGGCAAAGGAUUUCGAUGGAACUUGCCGAAAUAGUUCCUCAUCUAUUGCUGCGGCAACCACAAUGCCAUUGAUCGUAGUUUUGGCUGUGUUUUUAGUGAAACUUUUUAAUUAG